AUGGACCGAGACACCUUCUCCCAUAUAAGUCUGUGGUGCCCACGCCCCUUUGGCACCUACUCUCAGAACAAAGCUAGGAGUCCUGGCACAGGGGGUAAUGUUUUAGCCGUAGGGGGGGCAGGUUCUUCCUCCCUCUGCAAGGGUGAACCCCCUCCUGGUAGCAGGAGGGCUGGGGAUGGCGCUGAAGAUGGAGGAAUUCUAGUGGGCGUGCAGGAAGAUACAGUAAAAGUGGAGGAUGUGGGUUCUGAGAACACACCACCUGAACUUAACUCGAACGCCUUGACACAAAGCCAGCCACCUAUACCCACAUCAUCUCCUUCACCACUCCCAUCUUCUGGGACCCAAAUGGAUGACGGACGAGUGCUUUUGGAUACCUGGUAUGUCAUUAAACCAGGAAACACAAAGGAAAAGAUUGCCUUCUUUGUGGCACAUGAGUUUAGUGGGGCAGGCCAACCCAGACCUAGUGCCAUGAAGGUUAAAGGUAAUUGGGCAACUGACUGCAGUAAAGCAAAAAGACGAAGAAGAUGCUCAUCUUAUGACCCUCCAAACCGCACGCACACCUCAGGAGCUCAUCUCAGCCGUGGCUCAUCAGAAGCACCCAAUGCAUCUCCUACCCUCAAUCAACCAACAAUGGAGGGGACGAAUGAAACUGACCUGCUGUCAGUGGCUCAGAUGGUUGCCUUGGUUGAGCGGAGGACAGCCAUGGCCCUGCAAGAUAUUGUUGCUGUUCAUGAAAACCAGCAGCAACCCUCAACUACCAGUCAGGAGCAGGACCUUAUACCUCACCAGCGCGCACUACUCCAGAAAACAGAAUCAAACCCCACUAAUAUGGCCUUCAUGUCUGACAGUUCAAAAGGCCAACCAUCCAAAGAAAUCAAGGAAUUAUCAUCUAUUCAGACGGACCAAGAGCUGGAGGAGCAGCAAGAGUCAUGUCGGGUUGCACAAGCCAUCGCACACUUUGAGUCUCAGAAUCUGGAGAAUCGCCUUCAUAUGGGGGCUGGUUCAGCUAUAAGCUUUUCAAAUCGAGACAGGGAGCUCAGAGGAGGAGCAGAGUCCAGUCGUGUUGCACCAUCUCCAACUCACAGCCACGGCGAGGUGAGGAUAGCUUUCAGAGUGUCAAAUCUUGAUCCACGUUCUCAGCUGGAGCCAGCAAGCCGUUCACGCUGUAUGUUUAUGAGUUGUGGAGGUGGGAGUAGCCAAGGAGCAGCCAGAUCUAAAGAGAAAAUUACCUGUGACCUCUACCAGCUUGUCAGUCCCUCUUCAAGAGACCCCAAUAGCCUGCUGCUCGCAGCCACGACUGCAGCCACUAAGCCAGACGGAGACCUCCAUCAUUCUGACAGGCAGACCUGCGGCAGCCCGGAAACAACCCAGGAACCUUCUUCUGGGGAGAAAAAGUCUGUGAGGGAGCGAGUGACUGGAUUUCAUGUGGAGGUUGUGGUUACAGGUGCUGUGGACCAAUGUGUGUUUUAUGGCAAGGACAGUACAGAGAAUGUUCAAGAAGAGACUGUAUGUUUUGCUAUGCCUGGUGGGGGAGGAACAGUUGGGGGUGUACCCACCUCUACUGACCUCUCAUCAGAGGAUCCUCCUCCAGGACAGCUCUUCUUCUUCCCACCCCCACGAGUGUCAGAAGAGGAAUCUAAUGUUUCAGGUUCAGGUAGAGGAUCAGGACUAUGCUCUUUGGACUGUGCCAAGAGCAGCAGCCCAGGAGCAGGGGUCAUGUGCUCAGGAGAGCAUACUCCGCGACCAGACUCUCCCCUAGCCAGUGUUGGAGAAGACUGUUCAGACCCAUCGUUAUGUCGCCUCUACCGCCACGUCUCUCAUGACUUUCUGGAGAUUCGCUUUCAGAUUCAGCGCUUGCUUGAACCUCGCCAGUACAUGCUGCUUCUCCCCGACCACAUUAUGGUCAAUAUCUUUAGUUACCUACCUACACACUCCUUGGCAGCCCUCAAAUGCACCUGUCACUACUUCAAGGUGCUGAUCGAGACCUACGGCGUGCGAGCUGUGGACUCUCGCUGGAAUCAAGACCCUCUUUAUCGAGAGGACCCCUGUAAGCAGUGUAAACGACAGUACGAACGCGGAGAUGUUUCACUGUGCCGAUGGCACCCUAAACCUUACCACCAUGACCUGCCUUAUGGACGUUCCUAUUGGAUGUGUUGCCGACGUACAGACAAGGACACACCAGGAUGCCGGGUUGGGCUUCAUGAUAAUAACUGGGUCCAGCAGCCUGCCGAUGGCUCUCAGCCAAUCCGGUCCAAGAGGGAGGUCCGACGGGAAGAGGCCAGGUAG